AUGGAAAAACAUGAUAAAAAAAUACAUGGAUUCGAAGACAUCCCUCUAAGCACCAGAGUCGCCUUGGGUACAGUUGCAGGUAUGACGGCCACAACGAUACUCCAUCCUUUGGACCUCGCUAAAGUCCGAAUGCAGGUUUGCGACCACCCUGGUUCGACUCUGAACGUAAUCCGACACGUGGGGAGAUGCGAAGGCUACGGCUCAUUAUACACUGGACUCUCCGCGGCUCUUCUGAGGCAGGCUACUUAUACUAGUACCAGAUUGGCCGUGUUCUAUUUUCUCUACGACGAAUACAGAAGAAAAUACUGCAAGGCGCCGUGUCUGAACGAGAAGAUUAUAAUGGGCAUGUACGCGGGGCUGGCGGGAGCGUUUAUCGGGAAUCCCUCGGAGGUGGCACUCGUCCGACUAAUGGCCGACGGACCACGAUACUGCUGCUAUUAUUACUGUCGACCUUACACGGGAACUUUCGACGCCAUUUGCAAGAUAAUUCGCUAUGAAAGUAUCAGCGGCUUGUGGCGCGGCGGUGUCUUGACUUCGGGUCGAUCUCUGAUCGUGACAGCAGCUCAGAUAGGAAGCUAUGCAAAGACUCGCAGGGCGUUACAAGAAAACAAAGUGGCUAAAGGUUUGGAGUUGCAUUUCUACACGUCGAUGAUAUCAAGCUUCAUCGCAGCCGUCAUCUCGUUGCCGAUAGAUCACAUUAAAACUAGAUACCAAGUUAGAAGUGAUUGUGUAACACAGAAGGAAAUUUUGGCGGACACAAGGAGGAAUAGGGGCAUAUUUGGUUUGUGGAGAGGAUUCACACCGUACUAUUUAAGGAUGGCUUUUCACACCUUCAUCACUUUCUAUCUGUUGGAGCAGUUUUUCGAGAUGUACCAGAAAUGGGAAGAGCACGAGAGAAAACUUAGAUGA